CUGCGGGGCCCGCCCGGCUCAGCAUGCCCGGGGUGAAGCUGACCACCCAGGCCUACUGCAAGAUGCUGCUGCACGGCGCCAAGUACCCGCACUGCGCCGUCAACGGGCUGCUGGUGGCCGAGAAGCAGAAGCCGCGCCGCGAGCACCCGCCGCCGGGCGGCCCGCACACGCUCUUCGUGGACUGCAUCCCGCUCUUCCACGGCACGCUGGCCCUGGCGCCCAUGCUGGAGGUGGCCCUCACCCUGAUUGACUCUUGGUGCAAAGAUAAUAGCUAUGUGAUUGCUGGUUAUUACCAAGCUAAUGAGCGAGUAAAGGAUGCCAGUCCAAACCAGGUAGCAGAAAAGGUGGCAUCCAGGAUUGCCGAGGGCUUCAGCGAGCCCGCGCUCAUCAUGGUGGACAACACCAGGUUCACAAUGGACUGCGUAGCACCAACGAUCCACGUGUACGAGCACCACGAGAACAGAUGGCGGUGCAGAGACCCACACCAUGACUACUGUGAAGACUGGCCAGAGGCGCAGAGGAUCUCGGCAUCACUGCUGGACAGCCGGUCCUACGAGACGCUCGUGGACUUCGAUAACCACCUGGAUGACAUUCGGAAUGACUGGACGAACCCCGAGAUCAAUAAAGCAGUUCUGCACCUGUGCUAGGCUGGCCGCGUGACUGCCCCAGUACCUGCAACCAUGGAGAGGGACGCCUACUUCUGGAGCGAACAGAAUGCCGUAUGUACUCGCGGGUAGCUGACGGCUGGUGGCAUGUGCCGUGCCGGAGGCAGGGCGUCCGGUCUGCGAGUACAGGGCACGGGAGAGGGGCAGGCCACCCAGUCCUGCGGGUCCUCAGCCAUGCGUUGCUCUAAUCUUCCAAAUCAAAGCUGUUUAUGCUUGUCCAAGAUUGUUCCUAUUAAACUGUUUUAAUUAACCUUUUAUAAUCUGGAGAGAAUACUUUUUAAGGCUUAUGAACUAUUAAACAAAAAAAAA